UUCUAUUUAUUGCAUAGCAUCUCAGCAUACUAACUUGUGGCAUGACCCUUGUGGGUUCAUUUCUUUGAGAGCAUUCACUUUCUGCACCAGCUAGUAUAUGUAGCCAAAGGGAGACACAAUAGUGAUGCAUUAUUCAAGUGAUAGUAUAUGAGAGAGAGAAAAAAACCAGAUAACACAGGUCAUAGAAAGUGGAAGAGUGCGUAUAUAAGUAGGAUCUAAAGGGUUGGGAAAACUGUGAUAAGAGAUUAUUAUCAUGGGGAAAGGAAGAGCACCAUGUUGUGACAAGACUCAAGUGAAGAGAGGUCCGUGGAGCCCUGCAGAAGAUCUUAAACUCAUAGCCUUUAUCCAGAAAUAUGGCCAUGAAAACUGGCGCGCUCUUCCAAAACAAGCUGGGCUUCUGAGAUGUGGAAAAAGUUGUCGUUUGAGAUGGAUUAAUUAUCUAAGACCUGAUGUGAAGAGAGGCCAUUUUACACCAGAGGAAGAGGAAACCAUCAUAAGGCUUCACAAGGCCAUGGGAAACAAGUGGUCAAAGAUUGCAUCACGUUUGCCUGGUAGGACAGACAAUGAGAUCAAGAAUGUGUGGAACACCCACUUAAAGAAAAGGUUGGCCCCUAAAAAAACUUCAGAAUCAAGUACAGAGGAAUCCAAGCCAGAAUCAACAAUAACUUCCACCUCUUCCUCUUCCUCUCAGUCAUUUUUCUCAAUUGAGAGGCUAAAUUCGGAUAAGAGCACAACACCUUAUAAUGAGGCAUUUUGUGACCAAUCAGAGCAACUAUCUAUGGAAGAUAAAAUUGAGCAGGAUUCAGAAAAAGCAGUGUCAAGUGAACUAAUUGGCAUGACUGAGGAUCCAAAAGAGUCAUCAGCUUCAUUUUCUUGUGAGUCAAAUAUUGUGAACUCAAUCCAGAAUGUUGCACACAAACCAGAAGAGAAAUUGGAGUCUCCAAUAUCUGUAUCAAUAUAUUCUGUUGAGACAGAUAUUGUAAAUUCAGACCAGAAAGUUACACACAAACCAGAACAACAACUGGCUUCUCCAUUAUCCUACCUAGGAGCUUAUGAUGUCGACCAUAUUUUAGAAGAGGUGGAUAAACCAGACCACCUGAUUGAAAUUCCAUGGGAACCAGAUUAUGAGUUUUGGAAGUUGUUAGAUGAUGAUAGCCCUGGAUCCUUUCAAUCAAACGAAGUCCAAUUAGGUGAGUUCUCAGCCAACCAAAACAUCAUUCUUGGAGAAGAGGGUGAAGCAAGGAAGUGGACCCAUGAUUUUGAGAAUGAGUUUGGAGUAGUAGGUGAGAUAAAGGAGUCAAACAAGGAUCAUAAUUUCCUACCAAAGAACUAUGCAGUUGAGCCAGAAAUGGACCACACUCAGGCAUUUGAUUUCGAUGGUAUGACACAAGCAGAAUCUGAAUUGGACUUUGGUUCUAUACAAUUAUGGCCCUCUUCCCCUCAAAAUACUAGUCUCUACUUUAAUACAGACCAGUAGUUGGAAAACGAGUCCAUAUGUAAGAAUCAAUCACGAAACAGUGAUUUACUUAGUAGGUAUACUGACUAUGAUAAAUUAAUCAAGCAGAAUAGGUCUCUUUGAUGUACGAUGGAUUUCACGUAUCCCCUCCAAAAUCAAGUUAGAACAGGUUGUAGAUUGAAGCACAAAUAUGCAGUAUAUUGAAUAAAUUGUUGGUAAACAACAACUAUCAUAUACACCAUGAAAGUGGGUAGGUGAUAUUCUCCACUUACUGCCACUAGUGUGACAUUUUUCUUCAUGUCCCCACACCUUUGAAGAAUUCAAAUAAUAUAAGCUUGCAAGUAUAAACGACUACCACUGUAGCACGUAGAGUUUGCCACAAUA